GCUUGAGGCUUACUACACCUGUUCUACAAUAGGGGCUUAAAAAAAAAAAGAUAUCCAUGCAAACUGCAACGCGCGUUUCUUGUUUAUAAAUUUCACGUAACCCGAAAUCUAUCGUGUUGAUAAUUUAAAUGUUUCUAAUUCAUCAAUUAGCGUGCAUAAUGAUUAGAAUCAAAAGUUACAGAUUUCGAUCGAUUUGUUGAAACCGUGCCGAAACCUGAGCGAGCUCUGCUCAAUUUUGGUUUACCGAAAUGGAAGAUGAUGCCUCUGGAACGUAAGAUACCUAUGAUACCUGGACCGAAAGAUGCCUACAAUUUAACGCGAUGUAAGGUAGGAGAAAAAGUGUGGGCGACGGAUGGACCGAGGAUGGAUUUUGAUCCGAGCGAUCCUUGUUGCCGCGAGACCAGAUUCUCUUACGAGGCAUUGCACGACCAACAUUUAUUGAGAUUCUUCUCCAAACCGACCUAUCGACGAUGCUUGCUGAGAGCCAGUCUGAUCACAAAAGACAUGGAUGUCAAAUGUUCGCUCCGCGAGUACAACGCUUACAGAAAGUACCUGAGAAAGAUAUAUGCCAAUCGUAUCGGAAAGGAACUGAGAAAAAGAGAUCGUCUAUCCGUAGAGAGAAGAGCUCUCCGAUACGCUGAGGAGCAAGCUCGCAACAAAGCGGAAAGAUUGAACAAAAGGGAAGAAUUAGCCAACACUGAACGUCGUGUUGCGCGGCAAAGAUUGUUAGAGGAAGAAGUUGAAAUUCAAAAACAGAAGGAAAAAGCGUACAAGGUCGCAUGUAGAUCCGAAUUGUCCAAGCUCGUUGAACAAGAAGAACGGAGAUUGAUGAGUGUCAAACGAAAAGAGCGGGCUGAGUGACUUCGACAAAGAUGCUACACGCUGCGGCGGAGGUUGCCCGGCGGAGGGUAAUCGAUUCUUACGUAGACUGGAAGAAGAAAGAUAAGGGGCAAAGAAAAGUCAGUGCUAAACGGCUAGCGGAUAUCGCAGGACGCAAGCAAGACCUCAUCGAACAAAGGUUCAUACAUUACUGUCUGUGAAUAAUAUGAAACUACGUAUCAAACAGCGUUUCAUCACCGGCAUCCUGUAAUCUGGAAAUCUUCGAUACGUAAUUUAUAAUUUCAACGUAAACACACGUGUCAAACGACUUGAUGAAAGAAGUUCCAGGUUUUAUGUAAAUUUUAAAUGGAGAAAAAAA